CCAUUAAUUUGAAAAUACGAGAGCGGAAAGCGAAAUCUAUGCUGCGGAUAAACUAAACUAACGUUAUCCAACAUCGUACAAAAUUCUCCACGAGAUAGUGGAAAAACUUGUUAAACUGUCACUUUAUCACGGCCAUGUUAGUCGUAAGAGAAUUCAGUUUAAUGCCAAAAUGAAAUGAAACUAGGUAGCUAAAACCUAACGUUAGGUAGCGAACGUAACAGCUAGUUAGCGGUUAACGUUGAGCUAACAAUUUGUGUUUUCAUAGACAGGAACACCCAACGUUACCUAGGUUAGUGAUAAACAAGUCUUAGCUAGGUACCUCUUCAAGAAAGACUCGUCAACAUGAUCCUCUCUCGCAUGAAGCCAGCCGUGGGAGGAGAGACACCGGUGAGCAUCAGUGAGAAAAAGAAGAAAAACAAGACAAAGGUUCCCUGCUUGGAGGAAUACCUGCAACAGAGAGACUACCUUGGGGCCUUGACACUGUUAGAGUUUCAGAGAAGUAUUGGAGAGAAACAGGAGCAUGCAGACCUCUGGAUUGGCUACUGCGCCUUUCACUUGGGUGAUUACAAGAAAGUUAUGGAGGAGUACAAGUCUCUGACCAUGAAGCCUGAAUGUUCUGCUGAGGUGUGGGUCUAUCUGGCCUGUGCCCUGUUUUUUCUGGGGCUCUAUAAAGAGGCUGAGGAGGCUGCAUCUAAGGCUCCGAUGUCACCUCUCCAAAACCGACUACUCUUCCACUUGGCUCACAAGUUCAACGAUGAGAAGAAGCUGAUGGGUUUCCACCAGAACCUGGAGGAUGUGACAGAGGACCAGCUGAGCCUGGCAUCUAUCCACUACAUGCGCUCCCAUUACCAGGAGGCUAUAGACAUCUAUAAACGCCUUCUGCUGCAGAACAGAGAUUUUCUGGCCCUGAAAGUUUACGUGGCUCUGUGUUACUACAAGCUGGACUACUAUGAUGUGUCCCAGGAGGUGUUGGCCGUGUACCUGCAGAGCAUCCCUGACUCCACUAUUGCCCUCAACCUCAAGGCCUGCAACCACUUCAGACUCUACAAUGGCAAGGCAGCUGAGGCUGAGCUGAAGAACCUAAUCGACAUCUCCUCCUGCUCCUUUGAGUUUGCUAAGGAGCUUAUCCGACACAACCUGGUGGUGUUUCGUGGUGGGGAGGGGGCGUUGCAGGUGCUGCCUCCUCUGAUCGAUGUGAUCCCUGAGGCCAGACUCAACCUGGUCAUCUACUAUCUCAGACAAGAUGAUGUCCAGGAAGCCUACAACCUCAUCCAAGAUUUGGUGCCCACAACACCUCAGGAGUAUAUUUUGAAAGGAGUGGUAAAUGCUGCAUUGGGACAAGAAAUUGGAUCAAGGGAUCACCUGAAAAUUGCUCAGCAGUUUUUUCAGUUGGUCGGAGGCUCGGCCAGCGAAUGUGAUACCAUUCCAGGCAGACAGUGCAUGGCCUCCUGCUUCUUCCUCUUGAGACAGUUUGAAGAUGUUCUCAUAUAUCUAAACUCAGUCAAGGGUUACUUCUAUAAUGACGAUACGUUCAACUUCAACUAUGCUCAGGCUAAAGCGGCCCUUGGCAACUAUAAAGAAGCAGAGGAGAUUUUUCUGCUGAUUCAGAGUGAAAAGAUCAAGAAUGACUAUGUUUACCUCAGCUGGUUGGCACGAUGCUACAUAAUGAACCAGAAGGGUCGGUUUGCCUGGGAGCUCUAUCUGAAGAUGGGCACUUCCUCUGAUUCCUUCAGUCUGCUGCAGCUCAUUGCCAACGACUGCUACAAGAUGGGCCAGUUCUACUAUGCAGCCAAAGCGUUUGAUGCACUGGAGAAACUGGACCCAGGCUCCAACUACUGGGAAGGCAAGAGAGGGGCAUGUGUCGGCAUCUUCCAGCUCAUACUGGCGAACAAGGAGUCCAAGGAGACCCUUAAAGAGGUGGUGUCUCUGCUGCGAAAUUCAGGAAACCCGCAGGUUGAAUACAUCAUCCGAGCUCUGAGGAAGUGGGCCAAAGACAACAGAGUCCUCCUCUCAUGACAGCCUUCGGCACUAAACUUCAGCUCACUACAUCAAGAGUAGCUACAUUAUGCAGACAUCAGCAGUCAUUAUAGUGCAUUUGGUCAUUUCACUUGAAUGAAUUGUGUGAAUGAUAGCGAAGCAACAUGAAGCAAAGAAAUAUUGAGCUAUUAUCUCUGCUAUACUGUAGUUUUGAAUAGCAAAUCUCUAUGUACUUGUAUAUUUGUAUUAAAAUGUGACUAUGUAUUUUUAAAAUGA